AUGAACAUUGAUCAAAGUAUUACGCAGGAUGAAAAUCACCUGUUAAUUAUGAUUUCCGUUGAUGUAGCAGCACAUUUUCUAAUAUGCUCCAAAGAUCCAUGCGCAAUAGCAAAGCAAUUCUAUGAUAAAUAUCUUAUUUCAAAGGAUGAAUAUAGAUAUUGCAUCAGAGAAGCUCUUGUAAAUAAGUAUAAACAGUUGCUUUAUGACAAGACCCCUUACACAAAGAAAUCAGAACUUAUUAAGCCAUUCAAACAGGCAUUAGUCUUGAUCAUUUGCAAGCAUUUGAAGGUGCUCACUUAUCAAAGUGACAAACACGUUUACAUAGUCGAUGAUUUUGAUUCGAAGUUGGCAUGGUCCUGGUGUUAUAUUUUAGAAAUUAUUUCGGCAGAUUAUUGCUUUUUCAAUGAUAAAGAGCAAGAGAAGAAAAUUGGGCGUGUGCUCUGCAAAGUAUAUGAAUAUGCCAGAUUGAAAGUUCAAAAAAUUCAGUCCCAAAAGUUAGAAGAAAUAAAUCUUGAUGAAUUCACAAAAUUCCUUGGAUCUGAUUUAUUGAUGCUAUUAAAUUGA